AGCCACGCGCGUGUGAUUGUAAUAUUGCUUUGGAGAGGCCGUGUGGGUUGUUGGAAUUCUCCAAAAAGCUAUGCUCUGCCACUCACACAUGCAAAUGCAAACGGGUAUGGAUGCGGAUGCCGAUGCGUAAGAUAGUGCAACAAUCAAACACAGCGCACGAUAGCCUUCCCCCAUGCUUGGAGUUCUCUGCGCCACUCGCCCAAAACCGUGGAUCUUCUCUCUCGUUCACGCGUCGCCGGCUCGUCUGGCUCACACCUCGUUCUCUCUUUCUGUCUCGCCGCCGCCGCCACGUUUCGACGGUUUCAUCCGUCGCCGUCAUUCCAGCGACUGUAAACUCUUCGGCUCCGGUGGCGGCGCCGCCUCAAUAUGGCACGCCAUCAUGCCACGCCGUGGUGACGGAUUCCGGCGCGGAGUGGUUACAGUGCAUGAGUUGAAGGGAGAGGGAUCGUGGAACGUGGCUUGGGACGCCCGACCGGCGAGGUGGCUCCACCGUCCUGACUCGGCUUGGCUUCUCUUCGGCGUGUGUGCGUGCCUCGCACCUCCGGUUUGUGUCGAUGUCGAUUCCGAAGCGGCGCCCGGAGCUGCUGCAGUGGUCUCCGACGAGAUUUGCAGGAGAGAGGAAUUGGUGGAUAAAGAAGAGAAGGAUGAGGUUUUUGCUGAUUACAGAGUAACUGGGGUGCCUGCUGAUGGUCGGUGUUUGUUUAGAGCAAUAGCUCAUAGUGCUUGCUUGAGAAAUGGAGAAAAAGCACCUAAUGAGAAUGAGCAGAGGGACUUGGCUGAUGAAUUAAGAGCUCGAGUGGUGGAUGAGUUGCUAAAACGGCGAGAGGAAACAGAAUGGUUUAUAGAAGGAGAUUUUGAUGCAUACGUGAAGAGAAUUCAACAGCCUUAUGUAUGGGGCGGAGAACCAGAGCUGUUAAUGGCUUCGCAUGUCUUGAGGACGCCAAUAUCUGUUUUCAUGAGAGACCCAAGCUCAGUUGAUUUGGUAAACAUAGCAAAAUAUGGCGAAGAAUAUAGAAACGGCGAAGAAAAUUCCAUCAAUGUGCUGUUUCAUGGAUACGGUCACUAUGAUAUGUUAGAGAACUUGUGACCAAAGAUGCAUGGAAAUAAACCGUUAGUACAGCGCAAAACUCACUUCCUUUAAUCAUAUGUGAUUUAAGACCUUAUUACACAAGUUCCUUUUCCAUUCGUUUUGAGAAUAUUCAAGUGAAUUUAAUAAUUUCUAGGAUUGUAGUUUUAAGUUAUAGCAAUUUAAGUAACAUCUCU